AUGACACGAGUAGUCGUAUUCGGUGCCACGGGAGUCCAAGGCGCAGCGCAGGUCGCUGUGCUCGCGCGGACUGGACAUGAACCCGUCGCUGUUGGCCGCAACCCCAAGCCGAUAGAGAUUGACGGCAAGCCCAUUGAGACAUGUGCCGCCGACUUUGCUGAUCAGGCGGCCCUCGACAGCGUCUGCGCCACGGCCGAGGUGAUAUUUCUCAACCUGCCGUCUACGUCCUUCCAACCGACAGAGCCCAUCCUGGACGCUGCGAGAGCUAUUGCGCAGGCUGCCAAGAAGUCGUCGUCCGUCCGCCUGGUUGUCUUCAACACAAGCAUGCCGGUGCCCGAGGAGAAGCGCGGCAUCGAGGCGCAAGACGAUCGAAUCGAAAUUCGAAGCAUACUGCGGGAACAAGGCCUCCCCGUCAUCUCCAUCCAGCCAGUGGUCUUUCUAGACAAUCUCCUCGAGGGCUGGGCGUACCCCCCGAUCGCCGAGCGCCAGACCAUUGUCUACUGCCACAAGCCAGAGCUCGAGGUGUCCUGGAUCUGCCAUCACGACAUUGCACAGCUCAUGGUCGCGGCUAUUGACCGCCCCGACCUUGCUGGACGCAACAUUGCCGUUGGUGGCCCAGAGACGGUGCACUUGCACGAGUUGGCCGCCAAGCUGUCGCGCGCGUGGGAGAGGCCGAUUGGGUAUGAGCACCAGACGGUGGACGACUUUUGCGACAAGAUUAGUGUAGCCAUGAAGCAGAGGUCGAAUAUUGACGCCGACCAACUCGUGGCGCAGAUGCACAAAGCCUACACGCACUACAACGAGUCGCCUGAGAAGCCUUUCAAGGUCGACAUGGGCCCUGUCCUGAAGGAGCUGCCGGUCAAGCUGACGCCCAUUGAGGACUGGGGCAGGAUGACAAAGGACAGGCUUCCUCCGCCCAUAGCGACAUGA